AUGGGAGUUAAAGGAAGAAUGCCAAAAGGAGCUGCUGGCUUGGAAGUAGAAAACAAAGAAGCAGCAGAACAUGAACAUCAUACAGGGGCUACAAAGCAUUGGGGAAUUCAAGAAUCUGGCUCAGGCAGUCAUCUUGCUUGCAUGAAAAAGGCCCAGGAGGAGGUGGUGUCUGCUAUGACAGAAAAUGAUUUGAAGUGGUGCCAAAGGGCAAAACAACACUGGCUCAAACAUGGAGACAGAAACACUCAUUACUUUCAUAUGCAAGCAAGUCAGAGAAGAAAGACCAAUUAUAUUAAAAGGGUUGAGGCCUCACAAGGGAGGAUUGUAACUGAGCAGGCAGAGAUUGGAGGUGUAUUCAUAGGUUUUUUCUCUUCUUUAUUUGCCUCUACACACCCCACUAAUUUUGAAAACUGCCUAUUUGCAUUGGGAUCAAAACUGGACUUAGAGAUGCAGGCCUGGUUAAUGACCCCUUUCAACAAAGAACAUAUAAAAGAAGCUAUCGUUCAGAUGAAUCCACUAGGGUCUCCUGGCCCUGAUGGAUUCCCAGCUCAGUUUUACCAAAAGCAUUGGGAGGUGGUGGGUGAGCAAGUGUGUAAUUUUGCACUCAAAGUACUAAACCAGGGUGGUUCACUAAAGGAGGUUAAUGACACCUUCAUUACCCUCAUUCCUAAGGUUAAAAACCCCAAGAGAGUUACUGAUUUCAGGCCCAUUAGUUUGUGUAAUGUUGUUUACAAAAUUGUUUCCAAAACCAUUGCCAACAGGCUGAAGGCUAUUCUGCCUAAGCUCAUCUCCCUCAACCAAAGUGCCUUUGUUCCCGGGAGACUCAUUUCUGAUAACACAUUGGCAGCUUAUGAGAUCUUACAUACCAUGAACUCAAGAAUGAAAGGUAAAAGAGGAUUUAUGGCUAUGAAACUAGAUAUGAGUAAGGCAGAUGAUAGGGUGGAAUGGCAGUUUGUGGAAGCUAUUAUGAUCAAGAUGGGGUUCCCUCCUCAAUGGAUUACUUUAAUUCAGACCUGCCUCCAGUUUGUAUCCUAUUCUAUACUUGUAAAUGGGGAGCCUCAAGAGUCCUUUUUGCCUUCAAGGGGCCUUAGAUACUUGGGACUUCCUGCAUUAGUGGGCAAAGAAAAGGUGGCAUCCUUUCAUACUCUUAUUGAUAGAACUUGGAGUCGAGUUUCCAACUGGAAAAACAAAUUCCUCUCUGUAGCAGGUAAGGAAGUCCUCCUCAAAGCAGUUCUUCAAGCCAUUCCCACCUAUGCUAUGGGUAUGUUCAUGAUACCAAUCUCCAUCACCAGUAAGCUAAAUCAAUUACUCAGGAAAUUCUGGUGGGGCUUCAAUGAAGAUAGUUCCAAAAUUCAAUGGGUAAAUUGGAAGCAACUCAGCCAUAGCAAAGAAAUGGGAGGACUUGGUUUUCGAGAUCUGAGGAGUUUCAACCUUGCUUUACUCUCUAAGCACGGUUGGAGAAUUUUACAAAACCCAAACUCUCUUGUGGGCAGGAUCCUUAAGCAGAAGUACUUUAGUAAGGUGGGGUUGUUAGAAGCUAAAGUGGGGACAGGGCCAUCUUUUGCCUGGAGAGGCAUUCAUGCAGGGCUAAGCUUGUUAAAAGAAGGUCUCAUAUGGAGGGUGGGGAAUGGCCAACAUGUUAACAUAUGGUCAGCUAAAUGGCUACCUUUUUCACCUCCAUAUAAGAUUCAGUCUAUCCGAGAGGUGGAUUGUUGGUGUGAAAAGGUUAGUGAUCUGAUUGACCCCCAAAUGCAGCAAUGGAAGGAACCCCUCUUACAAGAGCUAUUCACCCAGCAAGAAAUAACUGAUAUUAAAUCAAUAUCGAUUAGCAUGAGGGGGAGAGAAGACAAAUUAGUGUGGCAAUUCACUACAAAUGGGCUUUACACUGUCAAGAGUGGGUACCAUCUCAGUAAAGUGUUGGAGUGUGCUCAGGAAGGGGAGACCUCAGGUAAAGAAAAAGAAAAACAGGCUUGGAAAACUAUUUGGAAGCUAAGAGUAACCCCUGCUACCAAGAUGUUCUUAUGGAGAGCAUGCAAUGAGGCUUUACCAACUCUAGCAAACCUAAGAAGGAGGAAAGUGGUGGAACACAACUCAUGCUUGACCUACAAGCAGGAGGCAGAAACCUCUGGACAUGUUCUGUGGGGAUGUAUUGCUGCUAAAGAUGUGUGGGGUCAGGGAGUGAAAAAGGUGCAAAAGCUAUCCGUGCAAAGUGAUCUGAUUUGA